AUGGCUCACGCGCGAGAUGCACUUUGGGAGUCUGGUCAUGACGAGUCCGUGGAGGUCAACCAGCGUGCUUUGAUCGACAAAGUACUGGCCAGGUACUCUGGAGAGUUCACCGUCUUCCGAGAACUUCUGCAAAACUCGGACGAUGCAAGUGCGACCGCUGUAGAGAUUCACUUUGAAACGAAAGAGUACCUUGAGCGGAAGAAUAGGACGGUGGACGAGGUACCGGAGCCUAUUGCUACACUAGCGGAGGCCAAGCUUCCGGACUUGAAGACGGCAUUGGUGCACCAGUGGACAUUCAAGAAUAACGGUGUUGUCUUUAGGGACGAGGACUGGAGUCGUUUGAAGAAGAUUGCCGAAGGCAAUCCGGACGAGGAGAAGAUUGGCGCGUUCGGCGUAGGCUUCUACAGUCUUUUCUCGGUGACUGAGGAACCGUUCGUCACAUCCGGGGGCCAAUGGAUGGGAUUCUAUUGGAAGGACAAGAAGGACCAGCUCUUUGCUCGUCGAGGGAAGCUCCCCGAGUCUGCUGAGGACCCAUGGACGUCAUUUGAGAUGGGUCUACGGGAACCCACACCUAUCCCGCCUCCGUUUGAUUUCACGCGGUUUCUGGCGUCCUCCAUCACGUUCAUGCGGCACCUCCUCGACGUCAGCGUAUUCUUGGACGAUAAGCGUCUGUCUCGUCUCACGAAGGCCCCGGGUGCACCGCAGGCGAUGAGUAUCCCGAAGGGUCUGAAGCCUUCGAGCCCGCUUAAUACCAUGCAAGUCAACGGCAUCCAAACUACCCCCCUUUCAAUAAGAGCGGAGGUCAUGCAGUGGGUGUACAUGGCGGGCACGGAGAAGCCGCAACCGAAGAAGGAGCCGCCAAAGCCAGCUGCGGGCGGUGGAGGCGGCGGUUUCUUCACUUCCCUCUUCUCGUCUCUCACAGGGUCUGCGAACGCGUCUCGCGCGGUCACACCUGCACCAGCACCGCCGCCUGUUCCCAAGGUUGACCCCUUGUCGGUCGUUGAAACCAACGUGAUGCUGUCGAUAUUCGCGGCGGACAUUGCGGUGAAGCUAGACCAGAAGAUGAUUGGUGAACUUCAUCGGUCGACGAAGAAGAACCCGCCCACGAGAAUGAAGUAUGAGCUAAUUUACACCGGUAAAGCUGAGUAUGAUGCUAGCAAGAGUGAAGAUGAGAAGCACGGCAGAACGACCGGCAGCGUGUUCCAGGGACUACGUGCUGACAUCGAUGGCAUGGGUCAGGCCAAGGUGUUCAUUGGUCACUCGACGGGCCAGACAACCGGCAUAGGUGGCCACAUGUCUGCUCGCUUCAUCCCCACAGUCGAACGCGAGUCCAUUGAUUUGGUGGAUCGGAACGUCGCAGUUUGGAACAAGGAGCUGCUCUACGUGGGCGGCUUCCUCGCGCGCUCGGCGUACGAGAUAGAAAUGGAGCAUAUCCAACAGGUUUGGAGUGCGGCUGCAGCUGCAGCUAGCCCCGGGACGGGCAUAGAUCCCGUACUGCAAGCGUCCUUGCGGGCUCGUGCUAUACAUGCACUGCGGUUCUUCACAUUCCACCCUUCUACUCCCUCUAGCGUCGUGUCGGUCGCGCUUGAGGAGGCGUUUUUCUCCUGCAUCACGAGUUCACGCUUCUCGAUGAUUUCCGGACACAAGAGCUUCCCAAUCAUAUCCACAGCCGGCGUGCGCGACGCCGCAGAAGUGCGUUACCCCGACCCUACAUUCUCUGGAUUCGUCAAGGAGCUGCCGGUGGUUCCUGCCGAUGUGCUGAAGGACGCGAAGCCGAUGGUGGACGCGCUACGCACGCGGGGCAUGAUCAAAGACAUCACUUUCGUCGACGUUUUGCAAGAACUGCGAAACCGGCCCCUUGGAGAGCCCGAGAUGAUUGCGUGCUUCAAGUGGUGGAUCGACAUGUACAACCAAAGCAGCGCGACGAACCUCGACUACGUCCGCACCCAGCUCGUCGGUGCGGCCGUGCUCUCUAUCGAGGAGAAGGACAACCAAGCGGGACAAAUUAUUCCGCUUUCUGUGGUCGAGAGCUUUCUCAGCAGGAAGUCGGGUAGUGCAGGCGCGCUCAUCCCUACGGACGGUCCGCUACCCCCGCAUCUGCUCCCCGUCGCGGUCUCCCGCAAUUUCGACUCGCAGGCGUUGGAGAGCGCUUUUGGCUGGCGCGAACUCACGAUCGUGGAGUGGCUCAAGCACAUUACCAGCCCCCCUGUACCCCACGAGGCGGAGCAUCACAUCGAACUGAGCGCGCCGUGGGCGGAGCGUGUCUUGCAAGUCGUUGCGCGCGCGUGGCCGUCGCUGCCCUCGGCGCAUCGAGUCGAGGUUGCAACCAUCCUGCGGGCACACUCGUGCGUCCCGACCUCAGCGGGGCUGAGGAAGCCUGCAGAUGCGUACUUCCAGAGCGCGCACAUCUUCAAUGACCUGCCGGUCGUGACGCUCCCGUCCGGAGCGGUGGUCAAAGGGCCGCUGGAGAAGUUCUUGCAGGGGAUCGGUGUGCGGAAGCAUGUUGACUUGCAAAUCAUCUUUGACAGGAUGAUCAAGACGGGAGACUGGACAAUCGCAGAACUGAUCAAGUACUUGGUAGCCGUGCAGACUACCCUCACAGCUGAAGAGCUCGAACGGCUGCAGAUGACUACAGCGUUCCUGCGGGAGCGAGUUGGGGACGAGAAGGUACCCCGGUACCGUGCAGGCGACUUGUACGAGCCGCUCGACGUGCUGAGGGAGCUGAAGCUCCCGGUUAUUGACUGGGGAACGCACCCCAAAUGGCGCAGUAACUCAGAAGAAGCGAAAUUCUUGUUCAAGCUUGGCUUGCGCCGGUAUCCGCCCCUUCCUGACCUCAUCGGGCUCGCGGCGAGUGGUGAUGAGAAGGUCCGGUCUGCGGCGUUGAAGUACCUGCUCGACAACUAUUCAACACGUUACGCCGAUUACGACCCUAACGCCUUUUCGAACGUGCCGUUCAUUCCUGCUGUGAAGGGCGGAAAGCCAUGCAUGGCAAAGCCUCACGAGGUGUUCUCUGCGCCUGAAUGGGCCGCGCUAGGUUUUAUGGUGACCGAGCCAUCGCUGAAAGGCGAAGCGCUCACGAAUCUCAAGGUCCAAGAGCAUCCACCAGGGCCCCGCCUCGUUAAUCUUCUUAGGACCUCCCCACCACCCACUGAGGAAACUGCGAAGCUGUGGUUCGCAGCUCUCGCGGGCCGAGUGACAUCAUUCUCCAACACCGAGCUGAGGGCGCUGGGGCAGUUGGCCUUCGUGCCUGUCAAGGCCACUAACGGGGCGAUCCGGCACUUGCCUCCGACGCAGUGUUACUUCAAGGGCGACUCGCAAGCUCAGUUCCACUCCAAGUUGUUCACCUUCGUCGACUUCGGGACCACUGCGAACGCUUUCCUCAGCGCAUGCGGUGUCAAGCACGAGCCGUCCGUAGAGGAGGUGGCCAAGAUCCUUCUGGAUAACCCUCGACGGUUCUACGAGCUUGCCGAGGGCAGAGAGAACUAUCUCACAGAGCUACGCAACAUCGCGGUGAACAUGCGGCUGGUGACAUCAGGUACCAUGGCGAGGUUGAAGCGCGCGGCGUUUCUGCUGGGCUCCCGCAGAGUCCGGAAAGAGAAGGCGGCGAGCGGCAAGAAGACAAGCGUGGAGCUCACCGCCGAGCUGGAGGAAGAGGACUGGGAGUAUCAGCACGACCUGCUGACCCCCGACAAGGUUGUCAUCGCGGACGACACGAACGCAUAUCAGCUUUUCGGUGAUGUGAUCUUCACUGCCCCCCAGGAAGACCUGCUGGAAGCGUUCUACCUGGAGCUGGGAUGUAGGCGGUUGAGCGGCCUUAUGCGCGAAGACUACCAAACAAGGAGCGAAGUCGUCGGAUCCCGCAAAGCGGCAGAAACCCGUACCUUGAUCCUGGAGCGCCUGCCGUUGUUCUUGCACGAGCACACGCACACGAAGACACGAGUGUCCCAUUCUUGGCUGAACAACGAGAAGAACUUCGUGGUCAAGACGUUUGGCAAGCUGACCGUUACGAAGACGCUGCAGCUCGGCGACAAGCGCGCGUCGAAGAGUCAGGAUGCGUCGGCAGUCGCGAGGCGGAUAGGACGCGGGCCGAUUGAGUUGUGGCUCGCUGGGCACGAUACGGUCGACAUGUAUGAGGUAUCGACCUCGAUGUGUCGCCUUCUGUUCGACGCUCCGAAGGUUAACGACGCGUUGCUCUUCAUGACCAUCCUAUCGACGGAUUUGCGCGCGUUGCGGAGGAGGGGUUACAACGUGGAUCGUAUCCUGCGACAGCAGAAGGCCGACAGGCAAGCUGCAGAGGAAGCUGUGAAGGCCAAGCAGGCAGCCAUGCUUGCAAGCCAAGGCGUGGCCAGUGCUUCCUCCGACACACUUGUUUCCGAUGCGCCCAAGCCUAACGGGACACGUCCCGGGUCGCCACUGUUCAACGAGAAAGAGUCUGCCCCGUUGCCGCCGAUUCCUGCUGGAGCUGCGUCCGCAAUGUCAGACGAGUUGACGAAGCAGCCCUCGCGUCCUAUGAGCAUGGUCCGACAGUCGCUGGACGCUGUGAAGCGCCGGCUUCAGAAGGAGAAUGGGGGUCCUAGUAAUGCGCCUCUGGGACCUUCGCAGGAAGAAGACACGCCAAGCGACCAGCUGCCGCUACUCCCACCCCGUCCGAACCGCCCUCUGACUCCUCAACCGCACGCGACGCCGCGCAGUAGUAUCUCAUCGAACAUCGACCUAGCGAUCAAGGCAUGCAAGGAGGAACGAGGCGAAAUGCUCAAGAAUCGGCGCCAGAUGCAAAUGGUGAAGGAGUCGCUGAACGAAGGUUACUGUGAUAUAUCCGGACACCCUGCGGACAUGACUUUGAUUGGCGAUAUGGGUGGGAUCAAGAUCUUUGUGGCAAAAGACGUCCCCGAUGGCAAGUCACUCAUGCGAGACAAGAGCGACGCGCUUGCUCGUUUCAUAUACACCAUUCGCCCUCUGCAAGAGGUUUACACUCUGCCACCGACCAGUCUCCAUAUAUUCUACGAUCGCGCGGGCGACACAAUCGCGUUCAACCGCAACGCCAGUCUUUUCCUGAAUCUGCGUUUCUUCGAGCAGUGGCACGACGCCGAGGUCGGCUCUGGACAGCUGACGAAUGCAUAUAUCUCUUGGUACUUUACGCUUGCCCACGAGAUCGCCCACAACUUGGUUCAGGCGCACAACUCGGAGCAUGAAUUCUACUUCUCGUCUAUCUGCGAACAAUACCUCCCUGCUUUCAUGAAGCUCAUCGCCGGCAAGUAG